GUCGGUCGUGAGUCGGGAAGCAUUGCUUGUGAACGAUAGAGCUUUCAACGCUCCCUACGGACUUAAGUGAAGUCAGAACAGUAUGGAACAUGCUACACAGAUCAUACCAAGACCAUACAGCCUACCAUUUGACGUCAAUUCACGACCGUUCCAUGCACAAGCAAACUAUACAUGUUAUCCAAAUUUCCCCACUUCCUCCAGAGAUCGAUCCUUCGUCUUCUUCUUCUCCGAUCGAUCCUUCGCUUCCAGUGCGUGCUAUUGUAGCGCGGUUCUGUUUUCAUCUACCGAGCCCACGGUUGUUCUUAGCCGCCGAGAGCACAAUGGAGGUCGUAUCGGCCCAGCGUCAUGGGGCUUGCCGCACGGUAGAAGCGUGUUGUACACCCCCUAUGGAGAAGAGACAGUUGCUGUGGUCCACCAGCCGGGCUGCGCAUGACGCCCCAGUCGGUAUGCUCUCGCGCGGUGAGGGGCCGUGGCUCUCGGUGGCCAAUUCGGGUGUGCCUUCAGGGCCUAUCCAUUUGCGCUUACAAUACACAGGACCUCUAGAUUGGGCAGCCUGGUUCCAGGAUGCCCUUCGGGGUGUCCUUGGGCUAUGCGCCGAUCCGGGGCUCGAACGCAGCCACCGGGCGGGGGAGGUUCAUGUUCGCCGCAUGUCUGCACGCAGUCCGGAAUAGGCAGGUCCACGUGCCCCGAAUCUUCUCGCGGGCUGAUAUCGUGUCUUUGCCUCGUGCGCGUCGGUAUCGUUCCUUGUCGCCAACCGUCAUGGCGCCGCCGCCGCCUCCCCCUCCCCCGCCACCUCCGCCGAUGUGCUUGCCCUUUGUGGGCAAGAAGACCAAGCGGAUAUCGUGGGAGCCGCCCCCCAGCAUCCAGGGCUCACAGCUGAUCCGCAACGCAUCCUACUCCUCAUCCUCCACGUACUCGUCGAUGCGCGAGAAGAAGGGCGAAAGCAUUACCUUCCACUCCGACUCCGAGAACUACGGCGACAUCCCCGACUUGCCCAACUCCAAGGGCGACCGCCCGAAGCUCUCCCGAUCAAACACGAUGACUGGCACCAAGAAGUCGUUCGCGAGCAAGCUCGGGUACGGAUGGGGACUGGGGCGCAAGCA